AUGCCACAGCGCAACGCUCAAACUCCCAAAAAUGAGCUCAGCAUGAGACAUCUCCCCGACAUCUCGGACGCGUCCUUCUCCUUCCAAAUCCCGGGUUCGGCGCCGUACGACAACCUUCUCGCAGAAACUGACCAGGACUUCUUUCGUGGUGUCGAUGUGUCUUCUCUAUCACCCAGCAAACCGCUCACACGUCGCCGUGGUGAUGGACUGUUGACGAUCGGUCAGCUUACGCCUAGAUCGACUGUCGAGACGCGGUCGCGGACGAGGGCACAGCAGCAGCAACAACAACAGCAACAACAAAGUAUGGUUUCUACAUCUGCAUUUGCCUUUCCCUCGCCUUCAUCUCCGAAUCUGUUGGCCGCUGAACAGGAAUCUGGUUUCCUAACUCCAGCUCCAGCUCCAGACACGGACGCGAUGUCGCCACAGAAGUCAAAGCCAGCCACCCGUGCCCAGCGCCGUCGAGAAGGGAACAGCCUCGCAAUUGGAAUGGGUGGAGCCCUACCGAGGCCGAGACAGAGGCAGGCCACGCCUUCCUCGAACCUCGCACCACCUACACCGCCAUCCCCAUUACCACCACUUCCUCCGCCCGCUGAACGGCCGUCCGUUAGUAGUGCGCGUUCCGGGGGCACGUGUGCGGAGGUAGAUCAUCAUAUGGAUGAACAUCUACCCGCGCAGAUAUCAUCAGCAUCCAGUGCGGGCUCGGAGCAACAGCAGCACACCACGCCAGAUUUCGCGGGUUCUGGUUUACCGAAUGGGAAUAGUAGGACAACGCUUGAGAAAAAGGAGAGCUAUUUCAAUGAUGAAGACGAGACGCGGGGGAAACAUACGAGGAACAAGCAUCAUCUUUACGAGGGGGAGAUAAUCAAGAAGAAGGCGAUAACUAAAACCACGGAGAAAACGUCCCGUGUGCUUGCUCCUGCUGCAGCUACAGCUGUCAUACCAUCGACGAAACCAAACUCUAUUAUUCCCCCGCAUCAGCCUUCGUCCAUUAUAUCCAAAGAACCUGAUGCAGAAGAUGAAGACGCGUCAAUGGCGGAAACAACCAUGUCCUCUGAAAACCCGGCCGAGGGCGUUGCAGCCGCACGCCUAGUCCAGUACAGCCAAAAGCUUAUCAGCUCCUUCGGCCCGUUCAGCUUUGAUAAAGCUGUUCCGAUUCCUAAAGCUAACGCUAAUGUGAAUGUUAAUGUGAAUGCAAACGAGGAGGCGCAUCACCAAACAAAGCGGGUUACUUUACCCCGGGAUCCAGGUCCCGAGAUAGGGACAGGCACGGUCAAAACCGAAACCGAAACCGACACCGAAACAGGAAAGGGAGCCUUUGAGCACCUGCACCUAAACCGGGACCCACAGGAUCACGUUCACACACACACCCACCACACCCACGACCACGACCAUGAUGACCACGACAAGCCUUUGACGGUGUCACAGCUGUCCCCACGGAAGAGAUGUGAUGCAGAGAUGAAUUCGAAUUCGAAUUCGAAUCCGACUCCCACCCCACCGGGUAAUGUACCGAUCUCGCCUCUGCGGUCGUCUAGCAAGAGGCCGGCGCCUUUUUACGCUGAGGGAGAUGAAUCCGAAUCCGAAUCCGCAUCCGAAGCACGACGCAAGAAAAGUAGGGCCGAUGGGACGGAUGUGCAUGGUUUCGGGGUGGCUGGGUCCAGGAAGGCUAGUGCUAGUGCAUCUGCGGCUACGUCUACGUCUGCGUCUGCGUCAGAGCAAGAACGAGAACAAGAAGAAGAGAGCUCGGAGAUGAACGUCGAUGACGGUGCUAAUGAAGGUGGAAAUGAAAACGGGGAUCAUGCGCGCGCACGAAGACAAACGCAAACGCACCCCGUUUCGACUGCGGCGAUUUCUGUCAGAGCUGGUUCAGGUUCCGGGGCUUCGAGACGCACGUCGUCGGCUGUUAAUGUGAUAGGUAUAGGUAUAGGUAUAGGUGGCAGAGGGAUCAGCAAGGCGAAAACAAAGACAAAGGAAAAGGCAGUGGAAAAGGCAAAAAUACAGGCAAAGGCAGAUGCGAAGACAAGGGCGAUUGACGGGAGGAGGAGGGGAGAUACCCGACGUGCAGCUGUACCAGCACCACCGGCGUUUAACCCCAGAAGCGGGGGUGACGCGGGAAUGGGAAUGGGAAUGGACGACGGCAUUUGCCAGGAAUCGAAAUUGACAUCAACAUCGUCAUCGUCAUCGUCGAAGAAGACUUCAUCGAACCCAGGGACAGGGUCAGGGACGGAGCCAGCAGCAGUUCUAGCGUCCCGGACGACGGAAACGUCAAAGUCAAAGUCAAGUUGGUCGAAUAACGCUAGCAGCGCGCAGUCACAGUUGCAGAGUUCGCAGAGUUCACAGAGUUCUCGGCAAUGCGCAGGAAUUAGUGAGCGUAUGAUCGAGCCGGUUAAUUCGUUAGCGUCUUUCAAUGAUGAGAAGGACAAUGGCAAGGAGAAGAGUAUGGAUAAGGAUAAGGGGAAAGGCAAGAUGUCGACUUUGGCUUCGACUUUGGAUGCAGGGCGUACUGCUGCUGCUGCUGCACCUGCUGUCAAACCGGAAUUCCAUAUUCCGAAUAUCCCGCCGUCUACGCACGCGUACACGAGUUUGACGCGUCCGGUGGAAUUUCAGUUUGGCACGGAGGCGCGCGCAAGCGCAAGGAAUGGGUCGCGUAGAGGUGGACAUGGUGAAAAAGACGCGACGAGCAGCUCCGAAUCGCAACCGCAACCACAACCACCAUUACGGACGCGCUCACGAACAGACUCGCACGUGCACGUGCACUCGCAAUCCCAGUCCCAGUCAACCUCAACCUCGACCUCAACCUCCCAAUCGCGGUCAACGUCGCGCUCGCAGACGGAGAGGGCUAGACCGGAACGCAAGCCAAUACCCGACUUCAAAUCUUUACAUGCAGCACAAGAAGCGAAGCUUGCGCUACGCAGGAAGGAGAAUGUGCAUCCGACCAUCCCGAUCCCGAUCCGGUGGGAAACGGACGUGCGGGCACGCGAGCGCGAGCGGUUUGAUGCGAUGGUGAAGGAGAAGGAGAGGGAGAGGGAAAGGGAGGAGGAGGCGCGGAGGAGGGCGAGGGAGGAGGAGGAGGAGAGGGAGGUUAGGGAGAUGAGGAGGAGGGCGGUGCCGAAGGCUAGGGAGGUGCCGGAGUGGUAUAAGGAUGCGCCGAAGAAGGGGAAUGGGGGGAAAGGGAAGGAAAAUGUGAAUGUGAAUGUGGAUGGUGCGGAUGGGUAG